ACAAAUCAACCAUAAAGUUUAAUUCAGAAUUUAGAUUCGAUAUUGUUAAACUAUUAUCUUUAGAUAAUUGUGAUCUAAAGGAUAUUGACAUAGAACAUUUCAUCAAACUUAAAGAAUUAAAUAUUACUGAAUACAGUAAUCUUGAUUUAUCAGAAAUUAUUGCGUUACCAAUCGAAUGCACUAUCUUUUCUGAUUGUAAUUUAUUGUUAAGAGAUGUUUAUCCAAUUUUACAUAAAAUUUACUACUUAAGAAAAAUAAUUAUAAUAAGUAAUUUAUAUUGUAGUGAUGAUGUUGAAUUUAUUGAUGAAAUUGAAUAUUUUUAUUCAUUAGAUGAAGUUAGUAAAAUUAUGAAACCUCAUAUUGGUAGUACUUUGGGCAAGAAUUACUAUAUUCAACUUGUAGAUAAACUUGUUGCUGAAUUUGCUGAUGAAACUGUAUCUGCUUCUUGA